UAAAGAAACUGUACUGAAUCCCAACCACAAUUUUAUAAAAAUGGGACGUUAAAUAUACAAAUAAUACAAAUAAUAAUCUUUCUUUCAAUGAACAUUCCACAUUUCAAGUAAUCCGUAAAAAUGCAAUUUUCUAAUGAUCAAGACGUGUGCCUCUGUCCCUCAAUAACCCAUCCGCCUUGUCCAUCAUCAUCUUCGUCACAUUCACUGGUUAAGAAUGCUUGUUCAAAAUAUUAUCAAGAGAUUGGAGCUGAGAUGAUUAGCAAUCAGCUGAUUAUUAGAUUAGAGAAAGAUAAAAAUAAGUCGAAAAGGAAACGGGAAGAAUGGGAACCACCUUGCGACUGCGUUGAAAUUCAGAGACCGACGAGCAAAACAGGCCCCAAAAUAAUCAAUGCCGAUUAUGACGAUCGCAUUAUAUUUCGCGUUCAUUCGGCAUAUCGUUUAUAUGAAAAAGAAGAUCCUUAUAAAUCGCAAACUAUUGCCUACAAAAUCGGAUCAUGCAACGAUGGACAGCAAGAUAAUCAUCAAUGCAAGACCAUCACUGUCUAUCCUCAAUUUAGUUCGGGAACACAAGAAGUGUACAGCGAUCAUAUAAGAGAAGGCGAUCAAGAUAUCUUUUUAUUAAGGAUUAAAAAGAAAGCAGAAUACUCUGAACAGAAAAAUAGAAAUGUCGAACUCGAACUCAGAACACCUAAACCGCCGCCAAUACCGUCACCGUCAUCUGUACUUGCAUCUGCAGUUGCACCACUGCAAACCAAUGAUGACGUACAAGUAGAAGAUGAAAAGGAAUCGGAUGUGGUAGAGGAAAAUGCAGAGCAGCCAGUAAGCGUAAAAGAAAAAAAACACAAACGAAAGAAG